UGUUCUGCCUUUAUUCACGCACUUCACGCACUUCACGCACUUAUUCACGUUUCGGUCGCGUGGAGUCGAGCGCGUGUAACUCCAGGACCACCGCGGGCUGACCAUCGGAGGGAACCCCGCACACACACUCCGCAGAUUCACCGCACAGACUGACCAAAACUCCGCCAGACACCUGCAGCUCGAGCCGGGGACAUGAGCACCGCGCGCGAGGACGCUCCUCACCUGGGUUAGUUUAGGGAGGAAGUCUCGCGGAGCUCAUUCAGGAUCCUCAUGGAGAGUUUACCUCUGCUGUAGUUGUUUUUGGGGGGAAACGAGCAGCAGCAUGUCUGUGAACGAGCUCUUCACUAAGUUCACCCGGGUGUGGAUCCCCGACCCGGAGGAUGUCUGGAGGUCUGCAGAGAUCAGCAGAGACUACAAGGAGGGAGAGUCUGUGCUGCACCUUAAACUGGAGGAUGAAACGCCUCUGGAGUACUCGGUGGGUCAGAAGUCGAACCCUCUGCCGUUCCUGCGUAACCCGGACAUCCUGGUGGGAGAGAACGACCUCACCGCUCUGAGCUACCUGCACGAACCGGCCGUCCUGCACAACCUCAGGGUCCGCUUCCUGGAGUCCAACAACAUCUACACAUACUGCGGCAUCGUGCUGGUAGCCAUUAACCCCUAUGAGCAGCUGCAGAUCUACGGUGAGGAGGUGAUCAACGCCUACAGCGGACAGAACAUGGGAGACAUGGAUCCUCAUAUAUUCGCUGUGGCUGAAGAAGCCUACAAGCAGAUGGCCAGGGACGAGAGGAAUCAGUCUAUCAUCGUGAGCGGAGAGUCUGGAGCAGGAAAGACGGUUUCUGCUAAGUACGCGAUGCGUUUCUUUGCUACAGUCGGCGGUUCGGCCAACGACACCAACGUGGAGGAGAAGGUCCUCGCCUCCAGCCCCAUCAUGGAGGCGAUCGGAAACGCUAAAACGACUCGGAACGACAACAGCAGUCGCUUCGGGAAGUACAUCCAGAUCGGAUUCAGCCGCCAUUAUCACAUCAUCGGAGCCAACAUGCGCACUUACCUGCUGGAGAAGUCCCGCGUCGUCUUCCAGGCUGAAGAUGAAAGGAAUUACCACAUCUUCUACCAGCUGUGUGCCUCCGCCUCCUUACCAGAGUUCAAGGAGCUCAGCCUCACCAGCGCUGAAGACUUCACCUACACGUCUCUGGGUGAGAACAUCUUCAUCGAUGGAGUGAACGAUGCUGAAGACUUUCAGAAGACCAGAGAAGCAUUUACACUGCUGGGGAUUAAAGAGAGCAGUCAGAGCAGCAUAUUUAAGAUCAUGGCGUCGAUCCUUCAUCUGGGAAACAUUCAGAUCUGCUCCGAGAGAGACGGAGAGUCCUGUCGCAUCUCAAGAGAUGACAUCCACCUGCAGGCGUUCAGCCGGCUGCUCGGGGUGGAGCAGCAGCAGAUGGAGCACUGGUUGUGUCACAGGAAGUUGGUGACGGCGUCUGAGACGUACGUGAAGAACAUGUCGAGUCAUCAGGCGGCGAACGCUCGCGACGCGCUCGCCAAACACAUCUACGCUCACAUGUUCGACUGGAUCGUGGAGCACAUCAACAAAUCCCUGCACACCUCCUCCAAGCAGCACUCCUUCAUCGGGGUCCUGGACAUCUACGGGUUUGAGACGUUCGAGAGCAACAGCUUCGAGCAGUUCUGCAUCAACUACGCCAACGAGAAGCUUCAGCAGCAGUUUAACUCUCAUGUGUUUAAGUUGGAGCAGGAGGAGUACAUGAAGGAGCAGAUUCCCUGGACGCUGAUCGACUUCUAUGAUAACCAGCCGUGCAUCGACCUGAUCGAGGCUCGGCUCGGCAUCCUGGACCUGCUGGACGAAGAGUGCAAAGUGCCAAAGGGAACGGAUCAGAACUGGGCCCAGAAGCUCUACAAGCAGCACUCGAGCAGCGCUCACUUCCAGAAACCUCGAAUGUCCAACACGUCCUUCAUCAUCAAUCACUUUGCUGAUAAGGUGGAGUAUCAGUGUGAAGGUUUCCUGGAGAAGAACAGAGACACUGUGUAUGAGGAACAGAUCAACAUCCUGAAGGCCAGCCAGUUUCAGCUGGUAGCAGAUCUGUUUCAUGACAAAGACGACGUCGUUUCUUCAAAGUCGUCGAGAGUCAACGUCCGAGCAGCGAAGUCUGUUCCCAAAACUCCAAACAGAGAACAUCGCAAGACUGUCGGACUGCAGUUUCGCAGCUCUCUGAAUCUUCUCAUGGAGACGUUGAACGCUACAACGCCGCACUACGUCCGCUGCAUCAAACCCAACGACCUGAAGGAAGCGUUCUCGUUUGACUCCAGCCGGGCGGUGCAGCAGCUCAGAGCCUGUGGAGUCCUGGAGACGAUCCGCAUCAGUGCUGCUGGAUACCCGUCCAGGUGGACGUAUCCAGACUUCUUCAGCAGGUAUCGGGUCCUGAUGAAGAAAUCUGACGUCACGGCUUCAGAUAAGAAGCUCGUCUGUAGAAACCUGCUGGAGACUGUGGUGAAGGAACCAGACAUGUUCCAGUUCGGUAAGACGAAGAUCUUCUUCCGGGCCGGUCAGGUUGCGUAUCUGGAGAAACUGCGAGCUGAUAAGUUUCGAGCUGCUUGUAUAAAGAUCCAGAAGACGGUGAGAGGCUGGCUGCAGAGAGUCCGCUACACCAAGAUACGCAGGUCUGCCCUCAUCCUGCAGAGAUACGGCCGAGGGUACCUGGCACGCAGGUUGGCGGAGCGGCUGCGGCGGAGUCGAGCCGCUCUCAUCUGUCAGAAACAGUUCCGCAUGGUGAGAGACAGACGAGCCUUCCUGAGGGUGAGGAGCGCCGUGGUUACCAUCCAGGCCUUCACCAGGGGCAUGUUUACCCGCCGCAUCUACCACGAGUUCCUUCUUCACCACCGAGCCAUGAUCAUCCAGAAGUGUGUGCGCGGCUGGCUGCAGCGCAGGAAGUUCAGGCGUGCACGUGACGCCGCCGUGACGCUGCAGUGCGCCUACAGACGCGUGCUCGCUAAGAGACGACUGCAGCAGCUGAAGAUAGAAGCUCGCUCUGCUGAACACCUGAAGAAGCUCAACACGGGCAUGGAGAACAAGAUCGUCCAGCUCUACACACAGAGUAAAGAGCUGAGGAGUCAGAACGAUCAGCUGAUGGUGACUAACAGCAGUCUGGGGUCAGAGGUCACCAAGCUGCAGGAACAGCUGGAACAUCUGCGCAGUCACCAGGACGAAGGUCAGCUGACGUCGCUGCAGGAGGAGCUGCAGAGGCUGCGGGAGGAGCUGCAGGAGGCGCAUGCUCUCAGGAAGAAGCUGCAGGAGGAGCACAGCACUGAGAAGCUGCAGCUGCAGGAGAGAGUGGAGGAGCUGCAGACUGAAAACUCUCUGCUGAAGACGGAGAAGGAAAACAUGAACCAGAAGAUCCUGCAGCAGUCAAAGAGCAUUGAAGAUGACAGCAGUGUGUCUCAGAGAGAAGUGUCUCUACAGUCAGAGUUGGAUGCUGACCGGCAGCGUUAUCAGAAUCUCCUCAAAGAGUUUUCCAGAAUGGAGCAAAGAUACGACAACCUGAAGGAGGAGCUGUCUCUCACCAAGUUCCACCCAGGUCACAGGAGGAACCCGUCCAAUCAGAGCAGCCUGGAGUCCGACUCCAACUACCCGUCCAUCUCCACGUCAGAGGUGGGAGACACGGAAGACUCCAUCCAGCUGGUGGAGGAGAUGGGAGUAGAGAAAGCAGCCAUGGACAUCAGUCUGUUCAUGAAGCUGCAGAAGAGAGUCAGAGAGCUGGAGCAGGAGAGGAAGAGACUGCAGGCCAACGCAGACCAGAUGGAGGAGGCCGCCAAGCGCAAGGGCUCUGAGGUGAGGAGUCCUUCCUCUGAGCAGGAGACUGCAGACCUGGCCUACGACAACCUGAAGAGACAGGAGCUGGAGUCAGAGAACAAGAAGCUGAAGAACGACCUGAACGAGCUGAGGAAGACGAUGGCGGACCGCGUGUCACAGAACGGCUCGUCCAAUGAGCUACAGGACGGCUACAACGUCCUGUUGAGUCAGCUCCGAGCAGCCAAUGAGGAGCUCGACGCCCGGAAGGAGGAAGUCCUGAUUCUGAGGACGCAGAUCGUCAGCGUUGCCCAGCAACAAGAGAGGAGCGAACAUAUAAGUAACGACACAGAACCCGUCGAUAAAGACGAAGCUCUCAAAGCUUAUCAUGGACUGUCUGAGUCCAAGAAGCUGCUGGAGGCCCAGCUGCAGUCUCAGUCCCGGCAGCACAAAGAUGAGUUGGAGGCUCUUCACACUCAGAUCGAGCUGCUGAAGGCCGACAUCGAGAAGAAGCAGGAGAUCCUGAACUACACCAUGUCUCUGUCUCCGGAGGCGCAGGUGGAGUACAGCGUCCAGCAGGAGAUCACCCGCCUCACCAACGACAACCUGGACCUCAAGGAGCUGGUGGAGAAACUGGAGAAGAACGAGAGGAAGCUGAAGAAGCAGCUCCGGAUCUACAUGAAGAAAGUCCAGGAGCUGGAAGUGUCUCAGGCAGCAGUUCAGGCCAGCAGGUCUAACCCUGAUCUGACCCGUCAGGUGACCGUCCAGCGUAAGGAGAAAGACUUUGAGGGGAUGUUGGAGUACAACAAGGAGGACGAAGCUCUGCUGGUCAAGAAUCUCAUCGCAGACAUCAGACCGAACUCUGUGUCCGCCACCGUCCCCUGCCUGCCUGCGUACAUCCUCUUCAUGUGCAUCCGACACGCCGACUACAUCAACGACGACCAGAAGGUGGCGGCGCUGCUCACCUCCACCAUCAACGCCAUCAAGAAGGUCCUGAAGAAAAACAACGACGACUUUGAGAUGACGUCGUUCUGGCUGGCGAACACCAGCCGGCUGCUGCACUGUCUGAAGCAGUACAGCGGGGACGAGGUGUUCAUGACGCAGAACUCGAGCAAACAGAACGAACACUGUCUGAAGAACUUCGACCUGGCCGAGUACAGACAGGUGCUGAGUGACCUCUCCAUCCAGAUCUACCAGCAGCUCAUCAAGGUGGCCGAGAGCAUCAUCCAGCCAAUGAUAGUGUCGUCGAUGUUGGAGAGCGAGAGCAUCCCCAGCCUGGCGGGCGUGAAGCCGAUGGGCUACAGGAACCGCUCGUCCAGCAUGGACACGGAUGGCGGCGGGCCGAACAGCUACACGCUGGAGGCUCUGAUCCGCCAGCUGGGACAGUUUCACGCCAUCAUGAGCGAGCACGGCCUCGACCCCGAGAUCGUGGGUCAGGUGGUCCGUCAGCUGUUCAACUGCAUCAACGCCGUCACCCUCAACAACCUGCUGCUCAGGAAAGAUGUCUGCUCCUGGAGCACCGGCAUGCAGCUCAGGUAUAACACCAGUCAGAUGGAGGAGUGGCUCCGGGGUAAUAACCUGUAUCAGAGUAAAACAGCAGCGACUCUGGAGCCGAUCAUCCAGGCGGCUCAGCUGCUGCAAGUCAAGAAGAAAACGUCUCAGGAUGCCGAAGCCAUCUGUUCCCUCUGUACCAGCCUCACCACACAGCAGAUCGUUAAGAUCUUGAAUCUUUAUACUCCGCUCAACGAGUUCGAGGAGAGAGUGACGGUCGCCUUCAUCAGGAACAUCCAGAGUCGUCUGCAGGAGAGAAACGAUCCUCCGACGCUGCUGCUGGACACCAAGCAGACGUUUCCUGUCCUGUUCCCCUACACGCCGUCUGCUCUCAGCCUGGACACGCUGCACAUCCCUGCUUCACUCAGCCUCCACUUCCUCAUCAGAGUCUGAGCUGCUGGACACACACACACACACACACACACACACACACACACACACACACACACACACA